GCUGCUGCUGUACCACCACACCACACCGCACGCGCAAUGUCCAACCUCUUCUCUGGAAUGUCACUAGACGCAGUGGUUCCGACGCCCCUCGACAUCCCCCGGCCGUUGCCGCUAUGGCUCAACACCGCCUGCGCCAAACACAUUGUCAAGGGAAACUUCAUGACGCUAAGCGCUCGGCCAAAGACGGUUGAGCAUGGCGAGUGGGUAGCACACCAGGUGGUCGAGCACUAUCGUAACCUCUGGAACUUUGUCAGAAUUGUCCACGAAAGGGAAGACGAUGGAACCAGCAUCUGCAAUCCCAUGACAUGCCCCAAGAUGUCUGCUGGCAAGAACCACUCCUAUACCUGGCUCAACAAAAAUCACGAGCCGGUGGAGCUGCCGGCCUACGAGUACAUGAGUCUCAUGCAGCGGUGGAUGUCUGGCAAGAUUGACGACCCUGCGCUGUUCCCUACCGACCCAGACACGGUGUCGUUUGCCACCCAUCCAGAGUACACCAGCACCACCAUCCAGCAGCUCGGCGGCACCGAGGACUGGUUUGGAGCCAGAAGCGGCUUCCCCAAGCAAAUGGCCAGUACCUGCCAGCUCGUCUUCCGCCAGAUCUUCCGCGUCUACGCUCAUCUCUACUGGGAUCACUUCGUCGAGCCCUUCUACCACAUCAAUCUCGAGAAGCAGCUCAACAGCUGCUUCAGCCAUUUCCUCCUGACUGCAACCACGCUCGAUAUGCUGCAGCCCAGCGAGUUGGAGCCCAUGCAGUACCUCAUUGACCUUUGGGCGGCCGAUGGCACGUUCCCCCGGGAAUCAAAGCCCUAUUCCUACGCCAACAUCGAGCGCGGCCGGUACAUUCAGAGUCUUAGCAAUGGAGCUUGAUUGGAUCCGCGGAGCACGGAAAGAUGGAUCCAGCUGCGGCUGCAUACCGAUGAUCCACUUAUUGCAUGUUUUGCGCUGCAGCGUGCAGCGGAAGACGACAGGCCCGACUCGACUGGCCUCUUGGGCUCUCUAGCCAGCCGUUGAAAGUGGGCCUACGAGAUUGUAUACAAGUUAGAAUUUGAUUGAAAGGGAAAGACAUAGGAAGAGAGCUAACUAGGGCGCACCAUUUUCGAGACAUCACUAGCAGAUAGGAUGAUCUGAUACCAUAGAACCAGGUUUCUCAGGCCAUGAGGAUUAUGAGAACCAUGGCCUCCUCGAACACUCGAACAUAAUCUGGGGAGCAGCAUCUUGAAAGGGACAAAAUCUGACUCCCUUUGACUUGAUUGCGUAAUGAAAUCUGCUAGAAUUAGAGAGACAGUUUAUACGGAAUACGGAAUACGGAAUAUACUACAGGUUACAACACAU